AAAAGUGAACUGCUCGCGUUCAGUAGUGCUCUCUUUGCGGUUUGACUCGAAUUUAGUAUACUAAUUGUUAACCAUCCGUUAAAAUGAGUUUGGACAGUUUGAAUUCACCCACCGGAAGUCCCUAUUCGACACGAAAGAACUGGCUUAAGGUGCAGGAACAUCAUCAUCAACAGCAACACAUCGAGUAUCGAUUCUCUCGACCGAUCAAGAUUGUUGAUUACGAUAACGAGCGAUAUUCCUGGUCCGCACCCGGUAGUCCUUAUCACAUACGCCGGCCAGCCUUCGAUAGAAAUAGACUAUGGAUAGAAGACGACACUAGUUCCGAGUCGGAAAUUGAGCACAAGCAACAUCGGCACAUCGUAAACGAUCUCGGAACUGAGGAUGCCUUCAGUAAUUUGGAUCAACCUGCAUCAAUGCUCAAUGCGGAAACAGAUGCAGAGCCAAAGUUUCCCAUUACGAUACGAAGUGCCCGCAGUUUGCAGAGUCUGCGGAUGCGACGUGAUCCUCAACACCAGGGAACCCGCAGCAUUAAAGCCCGUCGUGUCGUUAAUAAGAAGGGCGAAGGAAACGUACAUCUGGCCCAUCUUCCGCAGCGUUCACUUCGAUUCGCGCGCGAUAUUGCUACCACGUUGGUGGACGAACAAUGGCGCUACACGCUGAUGUUGUUUGUGCUGAGCUUCGUUGCUAGCUGGAUAUUUUUUGCCGUCCUAUGGUAUCUGAUCGCGUACGCUCACGGUGACCUGCUGAAGGAUCCGAAGACGGGCGAGCGUCUCGGCGAUGGCAAUAAACCGUGCGUCGAUGGAACGUCCAGCUUUACCGGGUUUCUAUUGUUUAGCGUUGAAACCCAAGUGUCCACCGGAUACGGUGUAAUCGUCCCGACCGAAGAGUGUCCGGAAGCGUUCUUUCUGCUGCUGGUACAGAUCGUCUUCGGACUGGUGAUUGGCGGUGCAAUGGUCGGUGUGGUGUAUGCUAAAAUGAUACGCCUGCCGAAAAGAUCGUGCGAGAUGAAGUUCAGCAAGCGGGCAGUUAUCUGCAUGCGUAAUGGAAAGCUAUGCUUUGUGUUUCGCGUUUGCGAUCACAAACAACAGCACGUCAUUGGGACAAAGCUUACGGCCACCGUGCUUGAACCGAAACGACACCCCGGUUCGAGCGUGAUCGAACGAUACGAAUCCCGCCUGGCGCUACAGAACAAUGGACAUAUAUUGCCACUGUGGCCCAUCACCGUGUGCCACGUGAUCGAUCGGCACAGCCCGCUGUACGAUAUAUCAGCGGCCGAUCUGCUUGAUCGUAGGUUCGAAAUUGUGAUCACCAUGACCGGCAGUACGAUGACAACUGGGCAGUGUACUCAGGCGCGCACAUCGUAUCUUCCGGUGGAAAUUAUGUGGGGACACCGGUUUCAGAAUAUCAUCGAGUACGAUCCACAACGCGAAUGCUAUGUGGCCAUGAACGAACAGCUUGAUCUGCUGGAAGAAGUCGACACACCGCUCUGCAGUGCGCGCCAACUAGAGGAAGUGAUCGACGAGCUACAUAACGAUCAAAAUCGGAGCGAAGUGUAUCCUAUUGCGGACGAUGAUAGCAGACUAGGGGCAUCUUUCCGCUCCAAAUUCAGUUCAAGAUUGCGCAGCAAUCCAAGUUCCUUCGUCCGCUUCCACGAUGUAUACUCGGAGGCGGAAGAAGAAGCACAUAGUGUAGAGGGUGACAAAUCAUAUCAAGAAUCGCUAAAAGGUAGCCAAGCCGUUACCGUUGCUAUUGAUGAUAGCAUACCGGACGAACAGAUCACAUUUACUUUGGAGUCGGAUGCUAAUGCCAACGAAACAAAGUCACGCAUAAUUUAACCAU